AUGAUUGCCAACAUCAUUAACGAUAUUCUUGACCAUCAUGCCAGCCAUACUCCUGACGCAGAAUGUGUGGUGGAGUCCAAGCAGCGCCUGACCUUUGCUGAAGUACGCAGUCAGGUGGAUCAGAUUGCAAAGGCCUUGCUGGCCAAAGGCAUCCAACCCGGCGAUCGGGUAGCCACUUUGUCGCCACCCGGUUUGAACUUCUGGCUCACUUAUCUUGCUGCGACCUCUAUCGGCGCAAUCUGGCACGGUAUCAAUCCUGUUUAUCGCUCCCGAGAGUUUGCCUACCUUUUAUCUGACGCGACCCCAUCAUUAAUAUUCUGCCAAUCGCCUUUUGACAACCGCUACUACGAUACGGAACUACAAGCAACCGAAAACUGUGUUGAGUGUUUUGUUACUCACGGCGAGCCACAAGGUGAUGCCAUUAGCUUCGCUACCUUCCUCAAAGAAGGCGAACAUAUCAACCAGCAGACUUUAGAUCUUGCUCGAGCGGCGGUGAAACCCGAAGACAUCGCGGUGAUUGUCUACACCUCUGGCACAACCGGGCAACCCAAGGGUGCGAUGUUAUCCCAGGGCACCAUCACAGCAUCAGCCAUCACCAAUGCUCAUUGGAUGGGAGAACGGCUUGACAGCACCGUAUGUGCCGCACCCACCAAUCACGUUGGGGCGUUAAACAACGUGUGUAUGAACGUCUUUGCCGCUGGGGGGCGAAUCAUUUUCUAUCACCGUGUGGACAUUCAGGCGCUGGGAGAAAUCCGCAGAAACGAGUUGCCAACAUACAUGGUAACUUCGCCCACCGGAUUCAUGAUGACGAUGCAAUCACCCGAGUUUGACGCCUCAAGAUUGAACCACACCGAACUCAUUGUCUGCGGCGGCGCCACCACACCGCUGAGCAUUUUGGACGCCUGGCGGGGGGUCGAUUGUCCCAUUUCAUCUGUGUACGGACAGACGGAGACUUGCGGCAUCAUUACCCAUACUUCGCUUGACGCGCCCUUACUGGAUGUCGCAGAGACUAUUGGCAAACCUCUAGAGGGUUGCGAAGUACGCAUCGCCAACGACAAAGGCACACCCUGUGACCCAGGUGAAACAGGAGAACUGCAAUUCCGCGGACCCUAUGUCAUGUCCGGUUACUACAAUCGGCCUGAGGCAACUGCGGAAGCCUUCACCUCAGACGGUUACCUGCGCACUGGCGAUUUAGGCUACGCCCGUGAAGACGGCAAUCUCGUUUUUGUCGGUCGCAUCAAAGAGAUGUUCAAGUCCGGCGGCUACAACGUUUACCCGCUGGAGAUAGAGCAAGCCAUCACCGAGCAUCCUGCUGUAUUGCUCUGCGCUGUACUACCUAUUCCCCAUCCCCUGUUCCAGGAAGUUGGUCAUGCUUUUGUGAUGACCCACGAAGGCCAAAGCGUUACACCUGCAGAGUUGCGCGAUUAUCUGGCAGACAAAAUUGCCAACUACAAAGUACCGAAAAGCUUUUCUAUCGAAGCCGCUUUGCCAUUGUUACCCAAUGGCAAGGUCGACAAACAGCAAUUAGCAAGCCGACUGACUGAUCAGCCUCAGAGCGAAGGUCAGCACUAUCAACAACAUGCAAAAGCCAACGAAAAAGUACGUGAUCUGAUGCCAGCACGCCUGCAACUGAAACUGGAUGAGAAGCUCGCGGAGAUCAGAGACGAAUACAAAUCGUUUAGUGAGCAAAAAGACCUAGCCUGGAACCUGGCCUACGCGGAGGGUUUUGAAGCCUACACUGCAGCUGGUGCUCGUGCACAGAUGUCUGAGCGGGUAUUUGAUUAUAUGAAAGACCCGAUCAGGGAUCUGAUGCUAUGGCAUAUCAUGGAAGAAAUGGAACACCGCACAGUGGCAUUCGACGUUUUUGAAGCCCUCUGCGGCAAGUACUGGUAUCGCUUACGUGUUGGUUUGUGGGCACAAAAACACUUCACCAGUCUGGGUGCAGAACUUACCCAACUGAUGAUCGAAGCGUUCCCAGAUUUGAUUGCACAACACCAAAACAGCAAAGCGAGGCAUAUUCGCGAACAAAACUUCAAGCGCUAUCGCAAAGAAGACACUAUGCAGACUGAUACAUCGCAAACUAAAUCUAGCGCUUUACCGAUUGUGCCGCUCACCGGCGCCGCAGAAGCACUACACAUCGGUAACGACGACACACCCUUUGUCGACAUUGGCGAUGGCACACUAAUCCAGUUGCUGCUCGCUGACCUGACCCAGAACAUCUGGGCAACACGCAAUCGCAUGCAGCCAGGCACAAGCGUGAUUACCCACUACCACACCGGACCCGUUUACGCUUUUACUCUGCAGGGACAGUGGUACUACAAAGAAUAUCCCGAGACAGUUAACGGUCCAGGCUCAUUUCUAAUGGAGCCAUCCGGCUCAGUGCACACCUUGACCAUUCCCGAAGAUCAAACAGAAGAAACCAUUGUCUGGUUCCUGAUGCACGGCACGAAUAUCAACAUUGAUGCUGAGGGAAAUGUUGUCUCUAUUGCUGAUGCGCACAACGUGUUAAAAGGCUAUCGCCUGCUCUGCGAGCAACAGAAAGUGAGUCAUCACAACGUUAUUGUCAUGGGCGAAAUCUAG